GUCUUUUGUAAUACAACAAGAGCUCUGGCAAGAUGGCGUACCAAACAUUUCAGCAAGAAUACUUGCAAAUGCCGGUGGUUACACGGACAUAUGCGACUGCUUGUGUAGUUACAACACUUGCAGUGGUAAGGAAAUUUUUUGGAUUGAAAUUUGACUGAUUUGACUGCAUAAUACUAGGGAAAAAGAUUUGUUUACAUGCAACUGCGAGUGUCUCCAUGUCCAGCAUUCUGUGCCAUCUGUUUUAAAAGAACUUUUUUUUGUUUUUGUCGUUAGCAACUUGAGCUGAUAACGCCCUUUCAGCUAUAUUUCAACCCUGAGCUUAUAUUUCAAAGAUUUCAGGUAGGUAUUUUCGUAGGUAACAAUAUUACCUUCUUGCAGUAUAAGAAUAUAUUUAGAGGGAAAAAAUUUACUAUGCAUAAAAUAUUCGCAAUAUCACAUUCACGUUUUAAAUCUCAGUACAAUCAGCAUUAAUAAAUAUUGAUAUACGUAUUGUGCAUACAAUUAUUAGCAGAAAGCUUAUUCACUGGGUUAAAUUUUCUUUAAAAAGAGGUGAAGAAUCAUGAAAAAAAAUGUGAGAUUUUCAAAGUUUUUUCAAUAUUAACAUUUUUUAAAUUUUUGUUUUCCUUCCUUUUUUCAGUUUUGGAGACUGAUAACAAAUUUCCUGUUCUUUGGGACAAUUGGAUUCAACUUCUUCUUCAACAUGAUUUUCACGUAUCCUUUAGAAUCUAUUAAUGUUCACCCAUGCAUUUUCAGUAAUAAUGUAUGCACACUCUGUUUAUUCAGGAACCCAUAACCUGGAGUGAGCAAUUCCCAUACUAGGCCUAUGUCACACAUUGUCACACCAUUUUUUACAGACCAGCUUAUUUUUAGAAACAUUUUAGAGCACUAUUUUUCCCCACGAACAUAGAAGCUCUGCUAUGUGUAUGGGCACAUUCAAAAGAUAAGAUUUGAGAAAGGAAAAGAAAGACAUCAUUUAAAAGGUCCAAUAUACCCUUUUCAGGGCUGUACGUUGUGCUGACUGGUUCAUGGGAUUAAAAAGAUGUCCUGAACGUCUGCCAAAAUCAUUCUGGUCAGUGAAAACGUUGUGAUGCGACUCAAGCACGGGGGAAUUGCUCACUCUGGGUUAUAAGUCCUGGUAUAGUUUAUUUUGAAGAAUAGAUGAAGUUAAUUUAUACUUACUUUGGAGCUGUGAAAAUAUAUUUUGAAACAAAUUAGCGAGGGAAAGACCACCAAAAGUAUGCAUACAACUUUUUCAACUCUUGUAUAUUUCUUUUUAUGAAGUCAUCCUUCAAAGGAAUGAAUACAUUGAGACCUCUAAAACCUAUUGCUAUAAAAAUCACUUGAACAACUCUAAAUAGUAGAUGUUUCCCUGGGGAUGAAAUCUAUCUUAAUAACGCCUUUACUCCCAAAGUGGCCAUGGUCAAUAUUAAACAGAAUAAUUGCCGGAUUUCAUUUGAAUAAAAAUUUUGAACAACAAAAAUACUGAGAAAAUAUUAAGAGAAUGUGUUACUGCAGAAGAGAAUUUGUUUGAAUGGUAACACUAUAGGGUUUUAUUCAUAGACUCAAAAGUACUUUAAAAGCCUUUUUUGCUCAAUAUGAGAGUGAAAUUGUUAACAAAAUGAAUUAUGUUUUCCCCAAGAGAGCUGUUAAAAAACAUCAAUAACAUGUUGCUUUCGAUAUUAGAGGCUAGGAUGAUUAUGUUGAAGCGUCCAUUCUGCUUCAGAAAAAGUAUAGCAAACUAACAGUAUGAAUAGUUUAAUACAGUUUUGCAGUUAUAAAUACCUGUAACUGUUACAAGUGGUUGAUUUUGUAAAUGUUAUUUAUUCACAUUUAAGUUUUAUUCAUUUAUUUUUAACUAACCAUUCUAAUUUAUCACUGACUGCUGUACCCCUGUGUUUCCGCCUGCCUCGACUAGCACCUGCUCUUUGCAGGUGGAAAUGGACUUUAUGUAUGUCAGUUGCUAAAAAAGUGUGUGUGAAUGGUUUCACACAAGUCAUUGUUGCUCUUUGCAAAAAUCCUAGAACUCAUGAUUUAUCAACAUUGAUUAAUUUAGUUGGUUAAAUCCUUGACAUAUGAUAGUUAUCGGUAUUGUCGGAUGUUAGAGGAGGGUUCUUUCAGAGGAAGAACUGCUGACUUUGUUUUUAUGUUCAUGUUUGGUGGAGUGAUCAUGACUGUAUCCUUGAUAUUGUUGUUAAUAAACUUAUCUUAAAUGUACACUUCUUUCACUACUAAAAGAAGUAAGACUCAGUACUGAAAAAUAUAUUCAAAAAAAGAUCUAAUCUUAUAUUAAAGAGAGAAACAAACAAAACAAUAUCAUAAAGUAAUACUUGAGAAAACAAUCAUCUUUGUUUUGAAUUCAUCGCUAUGUAUGACUUUGUUCACAGAAUCAAAAGUAAGAACCACCCAAUACCACUGUUAAGAUCAGAUGAAUAUCACUGAUUCAUCUGAAUUUUAAAACCGUGUGGUUUCACAUAACUUUCAUAGACUCAAAAGUUUGAACCUCGUUUAAAAAUUCAAUAAUAUUUCAAUCUGCAAUAUAUAGGUAAAAAUAUAUNAGUUAUCGGUAUUGUCGGAUGUUAGAGGAGGGUUCUUUCAGAGGAAGAACUGCUGACUUUGUUUUUAUGUUCAUGUUUGGUGGAGUGAUCAUGACUGUAUCCUUGAUAUUGUUGUUAAUAAACUUAUCUUAUGUACACUUCUUUUACUGCUAAAAGAAGUUAUACUCAGUACUGAAAAAUAUAUUCAGAAAAAGAUCUAAUCUUAUACUAAAGAGAGAAACAAACAAAACAAUAUGAUAAUCAUAAAGUAAUACUUGAGAAAACAAUAAUAUUUGUUUUGAAUUCAUCACUAUGUAUGGCUUUGUUCACAGAAUCAAAAGUAAGAACCACCCAAUACCACUGUUAAGAUCUGAUGAAUAUCACUGAUUCAUUUGAAUUUUAAAACCGUGUGGUUUCAUAUAACUUUCUUAAACUCAAAAGUUUGAACCUCAUUUAAAAAUUCCAUAAUAUUUCAAUCUGCAAUGUAUAGGUAAAAAUACAUGUGAUCAGAGCAAAUCUGACACAACUAUUUUUAUCAAGCUUGUGAAACAAAAUAGAUCUUUUUUUGUAUCAGUAAACAAUCUGAAUUAGAAUCAAUUGAACCCUCCUUUUGAGAAAAACUGUUCCUUGACUUCUGCAUUCAGAUCAUUGCCCUGUUUGUCAACUUAGUCUUUCUAGGUCAGGCAUUCACCAUCAUGUUGGUGUAUGUCUGGAGCAGAAGAAAUCCUUAUGUUCGCAUGAACUUCUUUGGUCUGUUAACUUUCAAGGCUCCAUUUUUACCCUGGGUGCUGUUUGGUUUCUCACUCAUGCUGGGAAAUUCAGUCAUAGUUGAUCUUAUAGGUAAAACAAUUUUAUUGCUGAAGACCAUUAUAUGAAGAGAGAAAUUUUUUCUGCUUAAUUAAAAUUUUGUAAAUAAAGUUCACCAUUAAUAGUGUAAUGUUGAACAGUAAGCCUCAAUAAUGUAUUGACAUGACUUAUGUCAAAACUAUUUGCGUUAAGGAAUAGCUACUGAUCAACAGUAGCUUGUAUCGGGGGGGGGGGGUACUGCCAUAUAUAGGCUAUAUAGGUAUGUGAUGCUGUAAAGGGUAUGGUUUUCAAGCAGUUUAGUCUGGGAGAGGGUAUAGAAAUCAGAUGGUUUGGGUCUAUAAUGGGGUAUCAUUUUCCAGGAAACUGAUGGGUUGAGGAUUUUAGUCUAGACCAGACGAAGGAGCCAAAAUUGAAAAAGAAAAUCAAAUCAGCAAAUUCAAUUUCACCUGAUACUCAGUUUGAUGAUAAAGAAAGCAUUGAUGGACGGAAAAUAGUGUCUGUAGGAUAGGGAGGGAUUUUGGGAGUUUAGUCUAAUGUAAGGUUACCUGUAGCAAAAUUUACCUGAAACAUGUCUGAUAUAGACUAAUGGUUCCAGGUUCCCUGUUGCACAUCUGCAGCCAAAACUUCCUCAAGUACCCCCCUGGCUUGUUUCCCUAAUAACUCAAUUUAGUUGAAACAAUGGUUCAACAAAUAAUUAUCUAGCCUCACAUGAAACCAGCUGGUAUUGUUUUUUCUUUUUCGCUAAAUGUUUACCUCUAUUCUUUCUUAAUCAUUAAAUGAUAAAAGUCUGAUUGGACUUAAACACUAGGGCAAUAUGUAAAAACAACCACACAAUAACCCUAAAUCUUCCUCUUCUUACUUGUAUCUCCACCUUUUACUCAUGUUUUUCAACUGUUUUUCAAGGUAUUGCAGUGGGGCAUAUCUAUUAUUUCUUUGAAGAUGUUUUCCCUGAGCAACCAGGUGGCUUUAGGAUACUCAAGACACCAGGAAUUUUGUAAGAAAUGUUAAUACUGUUUGUUUUCAAAGAUAUUACCCACAACAUCUGUCAUGACUACCCUCCUGAUGAAAACAUACUUACUGUGGUGGACCUAAACUAUUUUUUUUGAAAAAGGAAUAUAAAGAAUGCAGUUUUAUAUAAAAUAUUGUUCACAUUGGAUAGAAUGUAUUCCAAACAGUAUUCUGCCACUGACCACAUAGAGAACAUAAUGACAUUUUAACUACUGUUCACUGGCUAAAGGAUCUGAGUGAGGAAUGCUGGAAUGUUACAAAAUCUGGGACUUCUGAGGGUUUCUGAUUACCCACCUAAGUUGCCUAACAACCAACAUUAAUUUCUGGAAGUACUUCAUGCUAUCAAUAUAAUUUUUGAAGAAUAUUUGACAUAAAUUAUGAGGAUCCCUGUAUGUAUUUCAAAGAAGCAGGAGGUAUGACUUUACUAGUGGUUAACCUCCAAGUUAAAAACAUAAAUUUUAGAAACAUGUACUUUCACUGUAGAGAAAUGGGACCAUCCAGUCAAUAAUACUCACUGAUAUGAUUUUGCAAUAAUGAAUUAUUUAAAUAUGCUGUUUACAUGUAUAUUUUGUAUUUCCUUGUAGGAAAGCCAUCUUUGAUGCUCCUCCAGAAGACCCAAACUACCAACCUCUUCCAGAAGAGGACAGGCCUGGAGGAUUUAACUGGGGUGAAGGACAGAGAGUGGGUGCCGAACACGAACAUGAUGAUUGAAAAAAAAGAACAAUACCGAAAUAGAAAAUGCUCUUCCUCACACAAGCCUAAAUCAAAUUAUCAUAAUGUGUAGUGUAAGAUAAUAUUUAUACUUCCCCUAUGGGAGGACAAUGGAAAUUCCAUGGAGGCGGUUGAAGAAGAUAACCUUUUUGCUUUUAGACAACAGGUUUUGUCGGAAUAACACCAUCUUUCCCCUUGCUUUUCAGUGUACUGUCGCUCCUUCCCACACCCCAUUAAUCCCAUAAGUUGCCCAAGAAAGCCUAAAAAAUUAUAAUCUGUUCCUAUGAGCUGGUUCACAUAAGCAAUGCAAACACAGGCACAUCCACUAAAAAUGUAAGAACAAUAAGGUACGCAUGCGUAUUUGAGCAUAUUGCAACCAUUUUGGUGCACUUCAUUUGUUUACAUUUGUGACACACAGAUGAAAGUACAAGUGAAAAUACCGAAAGUGCAAAGCAGUUAUGUCCCAUUAGUCUUUGGGCAACCUAUGUCACAGGCUUUUUUAAGACAUAGGCAAACUCGGGGCGAGAUAGUGUCUAGCGCGAAGCGUAUGUGAAAGACGUGACGGGAACAGGCGCCUUCUGGAACGUGUAGCGGUUAUCAAUUUUUCCACUGGCUCCUAAUUGUGGCUCCUUUGUUAACGCUCUGGCCCCAGUUGUUCAAAUACUGGGUGGAUUUAAGCAAUAGAAAACGUUUUCCAUGUUUGCAUAGCCUGAUAUAAACACGAGAGGGGUUGGGAGAAUUCGAGACAGUUAUGCAAACCCGAGACGAAGUAAAAUAGAAAAUGCUCUUCCUCACACAAGCCUAAAUCAAAUUAUCAUAAUGUGUAGUGUAAGAUAAUAUUUAUACUUCCCCUAUGGGAGGACAAUGGAAAUUCCAUGAAGGCGGCUGAAGAAUAUAACCUUUUUGCUUUAGACAACUUUUGUUGUCAGAAUAACAGUCUUUUCUCUUGCUUUUCAGUAUACUGUCACUCCUUCCCACACCCCAUUAGUCCCAUAAGUUGCCCAAGAAAGCCUAAAAAAUUUUGAUCUGUUCCUAUGAGCUGGUUCACAUAAGCAAUGCAAACACAGGCACAAGGGAUUUUGGCACAUUCACUGAAAAUGUAAGAACAAUAAGCUGCGCAUGCGUAUUUGAGCAUAUUGCAAUCGUUUUGGUGCACUUCAUUUGUUCACAAUAAAAAUUGUGACACGCAGAUGAAAGCACAAGUGAAAAUACCGAAAGUGCAAAGCAGUUAUGUCCCAUUAGUCUUUGGGUAACCUGUGGCACAGGCUUUUUUAAGACAUAGGCAAACUCGUGACGGGGACAGGCGCCUUCUGGAACGUGUACUGGUUAUCAAUUUUUCUACUGGCUCCUAAUUGUUGCUCCUUUGUUAACGCUCUGGCCCCAAUUUUUCAAAUGCUGGGUGGAUAACUCUAUAGAUCUAUUGGAUAAAUCUCUAUCCAGUGAAUAGUGCAAUGGGUUUCCCUAAUACUUAUUCACUGGAUUGAGAUUUCAUCCGGUGGAGAUAGCUCUAUCCAAAGUUUGAAUAACUGGGGCUUGAAUUUAAUGCUCAGCUUUUGUGUUGUUAUUUGUGGCUAAAUCUGAAUAAAGUAUAAUACUUUCAUUCUCAC